AGAACUGUUAACUUAAACAAGUAAAUAUUAAAAAAUCAGUUGACCAUGAAAUCCCAACCAGCAAUAAUGUUUCUUUUUCUCUUUUCCUUUUUGAUAACACAAGGAAUGUGUACAAGUUUCCUUGUUGAAACUAUUGAUGAUUCAGAUUUAAUUUUACCGUACGGGGCACCAGUUGUACCGUACGGGGCACCAGUCGAACCGUACGGGGUAGAAGCACCAGUUAUACCAGAAGCCGUACCGGGCAAGGUAGAAGCCCCAGCUCCACCCUAUGGUGCUAAUGCCCCAAUCGCAGAUGUUUCAACUCCAGCUCCAAAAGGUACAGGUAAAAAGGGAACAGAUUACCAGUAUGAUCUGUGGAGCGGGAUCCUAAGAAAGGAUCCAAACGCUAAUCCUGGGAGCGGGGCACUAGCCGCUAACCAACAGAUCCCCAGACCAGGAGUCAAUAAUAACAAUAACCGUAACAAUAACCGUAAUAACCGUAAUAACCGUAACAAUCGUAACAAUAAUAACCGUAACUCUAACCGUAUUUGCUCCACAAAAUACUGCAACUUGAUUUAAAAUACGCAAUGGAUUAAUGUUUUAAUAAAGAGUCAUAUAGUUUAAA